AUGUCGCAGGUCCCUCACGCACAAUCGACCUUCAACUUCUGGGAGUUCGUUCACUGCGCUCGCUGCUAUUUGCCGUUCUCAGUGGAGCCUGGUGUUCAACCUCAAGUUCCAUUCUGGCUCACUGAAUGCGGUCAUGUCAUCUGCAACAACCAUAUCAGCCCUGAUCAGAGCUGUGCGCAGUGCGGUGAGGCAGGUGUUCAGGUUAUGCCGUUGCAGCGCGACAUGGAACCCCCAAUGUCCGACUGGUUUCGACCCGCGGCGCAAGUUAUGGAUAGCGUAGCACAUGCAGCAAAGUUCCAGCAAGACGCCAUGGCAUCUUUGAUUGGGUACUAUCGAACCAAAUGCUACCAGCAGAAAGCUCUCUUGGACCGCAUGAAAGGCGAGAUAGUUGAGAAUAAGGCCUUGCGAAAGGCAGUAGAGGAACUCAAGCACGAGAAUGAGCAGCUUAGAAGAUACUCUGGUUACGGCAACGAACCGUCUCAAGUCCUCAAUGGGAACGGGAAGCGGCAAAUGAUAGACCCUGAUCGCCACCCCGAUACUCUCAGGACGAAUUCUAGCCCGCGUACGAUAGUCACUCCUGUUGGCCCCGGCAGGCUCACGCUUCCUCCAAGCCAUCUGCAACCGAGUUUCUCUUUUGGUAGAGCCUCCGAGAUUAGAUCCGAUCCAGCAGUUCCGUGCGAGGCUAAGCAGCAAAUGUCUCGGGCAGGAGAGAGACCUGGCUCUAGCAGAUUCCUGCAACAAUACGCGUAUAGCGCAAAUGACGUUGCCAUGCAACCUCCGGUACUGACACAUUGGCAGACAGCGCCCACCCGACAGGUGCAAAUACGAAGUUCUCAAGUACUGCACGCUCAAUCGCACGAUCAAGGCGAGAACUGGAAGUCGAUGCCGCCUCCCUAUCAGUCUUCAUCUCAAAAGCGAUGUAAGCCCAGUGUCAGAAGCCCGGGUCGAAGCCAAAUGCAUAUGCCUCCGCCUCCUACGCCUCAAGGCCAUAGCAAUUACGGUCUUCCUAUAAACCGCCAGCCCAGCACUUCAGGACCCUCUCAGCAAUCUUCCUCUGCAGCGCCUCGCUUCGUACCUCCAACUCCCAACCGAUCGAUCCCCUUAACCCCCAGAACGAAUCAGCGAUUUGUUCCUUCUACACCUUCUGGACAGAACGCUUUACCCAAUCCGCCAGGCUACUACUCUGCUAUGCGUCAAGGAUCUGCUGCUCCCUCUCGUGCCCCAGGACCUUUGCCGAGGCAAGGAUCUAACCAAAGGAUGCCAUUUUUGCCGGGGUCGAGAAGUCAGCAAGGGUUUGGUUGA